GUCCUUCCUCUAAGCAACAUGAGGUACGCUGGCAAGGAAAUUGUCAUACCUACUUGGCUAAUGGCUCUCAGCAACCCUGUGAGCACAAGGUUCUCCCUGGAGGAGGAUGUUCCCCAGUCUUUCCAAAGGCCUUUGAAGGCCAUCCCCACAGUUCAGAACACUGCUGGCAGCUUUGGAAUUAUAGUAUAAUUGUCACUGCUACUAUAUGCAUAGGUUUCCCUGGCCUCUGGGUCCAGUUUCUGACAUCAUCAAGAACUAUCACUGACCCAGUGACUUCUUCCUGACCCAGUCAGUCUCUGGCAGGGAGGAAAUUCAGACCUAAGGAAGGGAACAGUCCUCAGGGGCACUGGCUUCUUCCCUCCUCCGGGGAUCACUGUCCUCUGAAAAGCCUUAAUCAGAAGCAGACUGUUCUGCUUAGGAGCCUAAAUGAAGCCCAGCAGAAAGCAGCAGAGUGUCUGGGCCACCGAGAAGAAGCAUACACACAGAAUACUCCAGAUCAAAAGGCUUGCCCCUCCGGGAUUUGGAAGCAAGGAGAAAUGUWGAGCCCUACAAUGCUGGGGAGACAGAAGGUCUGUGUUCAGUUCCCGCGGAGGACGGAGCCAAACCGAGGAGGCAGAUGUGUGCUGCCCUUACCAAGACAGCCGCCGGGAUGCUACGGGCGCCGUGGACUAGGCCGGGUCUCUCUCCACAGAACGGAAAUUCUGAACUGGGGUGUGUGUGUGUGUGUGUGUGUGUGUGUGUGUGUGGCGCGCGUGUUGCUGUUGUUGUUUUUCCUGGAGUCCUAACCUUGAAUCGCACCUGCACCUGAGGGCCAGGUGGUGCCUCCCCUGAACGCCCGUUCCCCACACAGGUACUCAGGGUCGGUUCUUUCGGGAACUCUUGGCCUGCACGUCAUGGUGCCCGGAGGCCUGCACGUUCCGGCCAAGAGCUCGGCUUCCCGCGGGUAAUCCUGCUUCCGCGGUGUCCAACUACCACUUAAGGGAAGCUUGCUCUGGCUGAGAGCCGCGGGAGGCUGACCACAUCCUGUGCCUCCGCGCCAUCUGCACAAGGACCGCCCAGUGCAGGUGCCCGUGCUCCUCUUCUUCCACGUCCUUCCUGGCCUCCGGACCUCACGGCCUCCGCGCGAGUCCCCCCGGCCGACCUCAGGCUCUGCAGCAGGCCUUGCCGCAGACACCAGCUGGGCGCGCACGUGCUCGGGCCGCCGCCCCAACCGCGCAGCACACCCUCCAUCCUCCGCCCAGCUCCCUGGCUCCUCCGCGGGGCAGCCGUGCGCAUGCGCGGAGCCGAGUCCGGCUGGGCCGCAGCGCGGUGGCCGGCGCUAGCUGUAGGCACCCGCCCGGCCCCGCUGCUCGGUCCCCGCCUCGUUUUCUCUCUGGACCCGGACAGACCCCGGCUGAGCUGCGAGAGAGGCCAGGAUGUCGCAGACCGCCAUGUCCGAGACCUAUGGUCUGUGACAAGGAGCUAUUACAGAGGUGCGGCUGGUGCGCUCCUCGUCUAUGACAUCACCAGCCGAGAAACCUACAAUGCGCUUACUAAUUGGUUAACAGAUGCCAGAAUGCUGGCGAGUCAGAGCAUCGUGAUCCUCCUCUGCGGGAACAAGAAGGACCUGGACACUGACCGGGAAGUCACCUUCCUAGAGGCCUCCAGGUUCGCGCAAGAGAAUGAGCUGAUGUUCCUGGAGACAAGUGCGCUGACUGGGGAGAAUGUAGAAGAGGCAUUUGUGCARUGUGCACGAAAAAUACUCAACAGGAUCGAGUCAGGUGAGCUGGACCCAGAAAGGAUGGGCUCAGGCAUCCAAUAUGGAGACGCCGCCCUGAGACAGCUCCGGUCCCCACGCCGCACACAGGCUGUGAGCGUGCAGGAGUGUGGCUGUUAGAGCCGUUACACAGGUGUCUGCGUGGUGUUGGGACAGUGGCUGAAGCUUGGAGAAUCUGCAGCUUUUCCACUCUUCUCUGAGCAGAAGUGGAUCUUAUGGGGACGCUACUCCAGCUGGCAAAGGCAGCCCAGGAGCCACGUAAUAAACCUGAUGUGAGGGACGACACCGG